UGUAAGAGCUCCAAACACACACUAGCACCCAGCCAUGUCGACGAAAAUAUCGAAAGCCCUAACCUCAACCGGUAUCCGGCUGCCUCCGCUACCGACCAUCCGCGAUCUGGUAAAGCUCUACCAGCUGCGUGCCAUCAAGCAGCUGUCCCAGAACUUCCUCAUGGACGAACGGUUGACGGACAAGAUUGUCCGGGCAGCCGGUAACAUCCGCGACCAUUACGUACUCGAGGUUGGACCCGGACCGGGCGGUAUUACCCGUUCGAUCAUACGUCAAAACCCACGCCAUCUGGUUGUGGUGGAAAAGGACCGUCGGUUUAUGCCCACGAUGGAAAUGCUGGCCGAGGUAGCACAACCCUUCAUGCGAAUGGAUAUCGUGCAAGGGGACAUCCUGAACUACCGCAUCGAGGAAGCCUUUCCCGACUGCCCGCAGCACGAUUGGAUGGAUAAAGCCAGAGCGCCGGUACAUCUGAUCGGUAAUCUGCCCUUCGCCAUUUCCACCCGGCUACUAAUUAACUGGCUGCGUGACAUGAGCCUUCGGACGGGUGCUUGGUCGUACGGACGGGCUAGCUUAACGCUCACCUUUCAGAAAGAAGUGGCCGAACGGAUCGUGGCACCGAUUCUGUCCGACCAGCGGUGUCGUCUAUCGGUAAUGAAUCAAAUCUGGAGUUCGCCGGAUCUGCGGUUCAUGAUAUCCGGUCGUGCGUUUGUACCGAAACCGGAAGUGGACGUGGGGGUGGUCACGAUUGUUCCCCUGCAAACACCGCUAACGAAGGUUCACUUCGAUACGGUAGAAAAGGUGAUACGGCACAUCUUUUCCAUGCGCCAAAAGUAUUGCCGACGGGGUGUGUCCAACCUGUAUCCACCGGCGGUACGCGAAGAGCUGACCGAACUGACGUUCAAGCGGGCAGAAGUUGAUCCACUGGCCCGUUCAUUUCAGCUAUCGGUUGCCGAAUGUUUGCGCAUUGUGGAGACGUACGAUGAAUUGGUUCGGCAGCAUCCGGAAAUCGCCAGCUACGAUUAUCGUGCACCGAAGGCAAAGGGAGCUGCUCUGGAGAAUGAUGGACAGGAUAGUGAAACAGAGCGAUAAUGGUGUUGUGUGUGCAAUUGUUUGUGAAUAGUAAUAAAAAUAAAACGCUUAGUUAACAUGAAA